AAAUCCAAUACAAAAAUGAGGGAAGAGGCCAAAAAUCUUCCUACACAACACAACAUAGGAAAGACCAACAUGCUCCCCACACAUCCUUAUUCUCAUGCUAUGCCUCUCCUUCUUUCCUUGGAUCUCGUGUUCCUCCUGGUAUCUGUCCCGGCCGCCUUCGUCGCCGCACAGCCGUCGGAUGCCAACACAUGGUCGCAGCCGGACGUCACCAUCUCCUUCCGGCCUGGGGUGGCGGUGGUUAUCGGAAUCUUCGCCAUCAUGUUAUCGGUCACCUUCCUCCUGCUUGUAUAUGCCAAGUUUUGCCACUCUGCGGCCUCGGAGUUCUUCCGCACGGCGUCCGCCGGCCAUGGCGAGUUCCUCCUCCCUCAGCAUCGGUUCUCCGGCAUAGACAAGGCCGCCGUCGAGUCGCUUCCCUUAUUCCGGUUCUCGACGCUGCGCGGAGCCCGGGACGGCCUCGAGUGCGCCGUCUGCCUGUCGAGGUUCGGAGACGCGGACGUCCUCCGCCUGCUGCCGCGGUGCAAACACGCGUUCCAUGUCGACUGCGUUGACCGCUGGCUCGAGGCUCACUCCACGUGCCCGCUGUGCCGAUGCAAGGUCGACGCGGAGGACGCCGAGCUCUUCAAGUGCUCCACCAGCUCCCGCUUCCUGUUCUCCUCCGACCGCCAUGAGGACGGCCUCCCCGACCUCGAGCUGUUCAUGGAGAGACAACGCUUCGACGACGGCGACCACCGCUGCUCAUCAAGAUUCAGCAUAGGAAGCAGCUUCAGGAAGAUCAGCAGGAGCACCAAGGAGAAGGAAGAUCUCAGGUCGCUGGAAGAAGGCACCAACGAUGCUCAACCCUUCCACAGAUUCAAGCACAAGAUCAUAGUCUCCGACGUCAUGUUCAAGCGCCGGUGGAGCGACGUGAACGCGUCGGAUUUGCUGUCGCUGAGUGCCGACAUGUUGGACAUGGUGUCCAGCAAAAGAUUCACCGAUCCGGACGCCAACAUGGAGCCUUUUGGAGAUGCAAUAGCUGGAGAGAGCGCAGAAGGGAAGAUCGCAACGAAUGAGAAGAUUCUGAAGAUUAAGAAGGAGAUGGAGAAGAAGAGAUUGCUCGAGAACAAAGCCAGACGAAUCAACAGCAGCAACUCAGUUGCCAUGCCAAGCAAUUCUUGUGCUGACUCGAGAGAUGUGCUCUCGUCAGGGGAAAGAUCGAUGUCGGAGAUCACUAACCUCCCCAGAUUCAGGAUGAUAAGGGAUGCAGGAAGCAGUGGAUGCGCAGGGGCGAAAGAUGAGAAGCUGAGGAGGAUUUGGCUGCCGAUUGCGAGGCGGACAGUGCAGUGGUUUGCCGGCAGAGAGAGGAGAUCACAGACACAGUACAGUAGGACAAAGGAAGUUGCAAAUGUGUGAUUCAGCGUGGGUUUCAGAUUGUUUGAUCUGGUAAUGGAUAUAAUCUCAAUCACAAAUGCACAGUUAGGCUGAGUUCUUCUUUGUAUGGUUUGUCUGAUUUAUGAUUCUUCUUUUGGUUUCUUUUCAAUGAUUGAAAUGGUUUUGUAUCAUCACAGAAACUCUGAUUUGUAAGCUUGAAACUGGAGACUUCAAAUCAUAAGAUUUACAAGUUCGGAAAAACAAUGAGCUAAUAAUUCUUGUGUUUUUGUUGAGAAGAAUAACCAUAUCAUUAUUCUGUUCUGCAAUACUGGUCUUGUCUUAGGACACCGAACACCAAGGUAAAGAAUUGUCCCCUACAUUGGCCUUCGCAGUGAGAGAUCAAACUGCAUUUGGGAUGGAACUACAAUUAGGAAGCACUAAGAAAGGUUCAUAUGUGUAAUUUGCAAAAAUAAAAGUAAUAUCCACAUCAGAAGCUUGGGAAUUGUUUGGAGUAGUCAAGGAUCAGUAUCAGGAUAUCCAAAUAGGACAAGUUCCCAAAGGCUAAAAGAAGCAGAGGCGAGAGGGAGAACGAGGAUGGGUGGUAUUGUCAACAUGAGACGAGCCUGUAAAAGGCUUUCGUUACGUAAGUGCCAGCGCACCCCACUGCGACGGGUACGGGAUCUUUAUUCUACAAGCGCUCCCGCAUGUUAAUGCAUGUAGGUGCAAGCAAGACAUCAGAGAGGAAGAAAGAUGUGGAGGUUAUAGUACCAGGGAGCAGAGGAGAUCAGCUCGGCUCGGUCGGUGCAGCAACUCAAUCGGGUGAUCUCGGGGCGAUGCCGGUUUGCGUCGCUUGAACUGAGCAAGUGGGCGUAAGCACAUACAAUAAGGAUCAAGAAGAGCGAGAAAACCCUCUCUAAUGCGGGCCAUCGUCUAACUUGUAGAUGCUUCAUAUACUGCUACCAAGUUUU